UAAUGUUUUUCUGCUCUUAUCAAUUUCAAAUUCCUUCUCUGGAAAUUUGAAAUGGAAAAUGCUAGAUAAAAAAUGUAAAGUUAGCAGAAUUAGCAGCAUUUAAUGAUGCAAUCUUCGCGUAAUAUUUGAUAAGUGCUUCACAAGUUGUUAGUUCAUCCAUCAACAGUCUGUUCCUCAAUCGUUCGAGUUGCUCAAAACGAUGUCUCAAUCAGAAAAGAACAUUUACCUCAAUUUUACUAAAUCGAUCGUCGAUGGAUUCGAAGAAUUCGUCACAAAUGUUGAAAAACACGACGCUGUCAUUGGAGACAACGAACUAAAAUGUAAACUGAAGCUAAUCAGCAAAAAACUCCAAACCAUUUUCAACAAAUGGGAAAAUACUCCCGAUAAGAAGAACACCAACAUGAAUAAUUCAACCGUCGAAGAAUCCAGUACCCGAGCCGUAAUCAAAACCAUCGAUACUAAGCCAGAAACCUUGAAGAGGAGUAAAUCAUGGGACGAAUUCGAAUCGAUGAUAGCCUCAAGUGUCGGCGAUACCGAACCAGCCCCGAUCUCGAAAGUCUCCACUACCGAAAUAUCCUCCAGCACUUCUAGUAAAUUAGAAUUCUCCAUUUUAGAUUGCCUUACGACCCUCGUAUCUAAGAUGGAUGAGUCAGAAACGCCAACGUCUAACGAUAAUAGCCCUCCGUUGACCAGAAAAGAAGCUGAAAUAAUACGUAAAUUUAAAAUUGAAAAUGUUAAAGAAGAAUGGGUCCGAGGCAGUAAUGGAUUCUACGUAGAACAAAUCCAACCUGGUACUUGGAAGUGUAAACCGUGUGAUCUUCCGGCUCUCUCGUACGCUAAUAUUAUUUCUCACGUAUCAGGCAAAGCUCACUUCAAGAAAAUAUGUUAUUAUAAUCGAGAUAGUCGCGAUUCAUCGGAAACCAGACGUAGUAAAAAUGAUAUCACCGUGAAUACCGAUCUGAGUGAUAUUUUAUCUGAUAUAGAACCGGAUUUAAUGAAGAAAGACAAUGGUGCUGAUAUUAUUGUUCCUUUUAAAGGAUACUAUUGUAAUGCUUGUUGCGGUACUCUGAAUUCCGAAGAAGCUCUUCGAUUGCAUGUUACCGGCGGUAAACAUAGGAAGAAUUGCGAAUCUUGAUGUUGAUUUUUUUUUUAGCAUUUAAAUGCGUACGUUUGUUAUACAAAAACCGUUGUCAGAAUUUUUAUUUUUGAGAAUUACGUUUAGUAAGAUUUUUUGCUUGAAGUUGAUCGUUGAACAUAUAUUUUGGGUGCACUGAACUGAAUUCUCUGAGUCAGAUGUCAGAUGCACUCAUGAAUACGUACGAUAGAGAUGUGAUUUACUCGUAAUUUCUAUGGUAUGAAAUUUUGUUCUUUGAUUACGGCUGUUUUUUUUUAAUUUCCUUUUUUUAUCAUGUAAGUACUUAUACCUACGUAUUGUUACAUUAUUAUUUAUCAUCAUUUACCUAAAGUAUUUGAUUUUUUAUAGUUAUGUACAAUUUUUUCCAAUUUUUUUUCUAUGUUGUUUUUGUAGGAAAGAAUGUUCGAUUUUUUUUUUUCAUUUUAAGGAAACGUUUCUAUUGAAUUCCUAUCUAUUUCUUACUUGUUUAUUACUCAAAAAAUAUAUUUCACGAUUCAUAUCGA